AGAGAGAGAGAAUAGAUAAUUAAAAGAUAAGCUUAAACUAAUUCAUUAAUAAUGAAUACUCUUAAAAAUAUAACGUCGGCGUUUUGGUCACCGGACAUAUGGUUACCGCCCAAUAUAACAUGGGAGGAUAUUAAACCUAAUUCGGAAAACAAAUAUGCCGAUUAUCAACAUUUAAUAUUUCCUGUGCCAAUGGCCUUCAUUCUUUUACUCAUGAGAUAUACUCUUGAAAGGAAUUGCUUCUCACCUUUUGGCAGAUCGCUUGGUAUAAAGAAUACAAGAACAAAAAUAGCACCGCCAAAUGAAAUAUUGGAGAAAGCUUAUACUAGUAGAAAAAUCAAACAUAAACAGAUAUUAGCAUUAGCUAAACAACUGGAUUGGUCAGAACGACAAAUAGAAAGGUGGCUUAGACUUAGACGUUCUCAAGAUAAGCCAUCUACUUUAACAAAAUUCUGUGAAAACAGCUGGAGGUGUUCAUAUUAUACAUAUUCAUUCUUUUAUGGCCUUAUUAUUUUAUGGAAUAAACCAUGGUUAUGGGAUAUUAAGCAAUGUUACCGUAACUAUCCGUAUCAUUCAGUGUCCAACGACGUGUGGUGGUAUUACAUGAUAUCUAUGGCAUUUUAUUGGUCGUUGAGCAUUUCUCAAUUCUUCGAUGUGAAAAGAAAAGAUUUUUGGCAAAUGUUUAUUCAUCAUAUAGUGACCAUCGUAUUAUUGUCUUUCUCAUGGGUCGCUAAUUUAACAAGAAUUGGUUCAUUAGUUUUAUUAGUACAUGAUUCCGCUGAUAUAUUCUUAGAAGUCGCAAAAAUGGCAAAGUAUGCUAAUUAUCAAAAAUUCUGCGAUUUUGUAUUUGUUAUUUUCACAAUAUUGUGGAUUGUGACACGCGUCGGUAUAUUUCCAUUCUGGAUUAUUUAUAGUACAUUGAUUGAAGCACCUAAGCUAGUACCAAUGUUCCCAGCGUAUUAUGUGUUUAAUACAUUAUUGUGCCUCCUACUUAUACUUCAUUUAAUAUGGACUUAUGUUAUUAUUAAAAUCGCAUAUAAUGCCUUUUAUGCUGGUCAGAUGGAAGGUGAUAUACGAAGUAAUAGCAGUGAAGAUGUUUCAGAUGCCUCAGAGAAUAAUGCACUUGUCAAUAAUACAACGAACUACAUCAACAAACGAAGUUCAAGACAAAAGGCACAUUAACAAAACAACAAAAUUAAUUAGCUAAAAAAUCUUAACAUGUAUAAUGUUAAAGAUAAAACGGCAACAAAAAAAAUAAUAAUUAGCCUGGCGCUAAACGAUCAUUCUUCAAACUUAUUCGAAUUAUAAAGCUAUGAUUAUUUAUUAUUAUAAAAAAUGAAAUCAUAACUUUAUUGGAAAUAUCGAAAGUAAAAAAUAUAAAAAUAUAAAAAGAAUCGAAAAAAAAAAUGAUAGACUUAUAAAUUACGAAAUUUGUUGCUAUAAAUAUUUUUUAAAGCAAUAUCUUAAGUUUAACUCGAUGUAAGAAGUAAGGAGAAAGUGAUUCACUAUAGAUGCAAUGUCCAAAUUUCAUUUUUUACCAUAUUACCAGUAUUGUAAGAAAAAUGAAAAUCCUUUAGUCAUAUUUCACUUUCAUAUAUGUAUUAUAUCAUUUAUUUAUAAUUAUUUUAUUUAAAAAUUUCGGUACCUGUAUGUAUUAUCUCUUAAAACAACUUUAAGUGUGUGUUUAAUUAAACAAAGAAUGGACCAAAGCUUUAGAUUUUUGUCGGAAGGUAACCCUUUUUAAACUUAUGAUUCAUAAUAUUUAAAUAUUUUUAUAUAUAUUCAUUUUCUAUAUAUUCUGGAUAUAUAUAUAUAUAAACACGUAUAUUUAUAUAUGUAUAUACAUCAUGUAUAAGUUUAACAAUAAAAUAGAAUGGAAGAGCUAAUUACGCAAACGGAACUGUUUUCACAAAUAGCAUUUAUAUUUCUUCGCAAAGUUUUAUGUGAAUUUCUUUGAUUAAAUGUUAAAUAAUAGUAUUAAUCAGUAAAUAAAAAUCUAAUUGAAAAAGUAUCAAGUGUAAAUUCUUUUUUUAUAAAUUAUGGUGUAUAUAUCUAUAAAAUACAAUUCAAUGAAUGUAAUAAUUAAUAAAAUAUUAUAAAUAUU